GGGGUUCUCCGUAUUUUUAUCGUGCUUUUAUAUUACAAAUUAAGCUAUUAAACCCGACAAUCGACGGCCAAUCGAUGAGCGGAAGUGGAAUGAUGUACGGUGGCGAUGAGAUUGGUGCGCUCGUGUUCGAUCCGGGUCAUCAUUCGUUGCGCGUCGGAUAUGCACAGGAUGACACACCGAAAGCCGACAUCCCUUCGGUGGUUGGCGUUGGUCCGGCAGAUCCGGUAAUGAAUUCGGAUUUGGAAACGAAAGCGGACAACAACAUUGGGAGCACGAAUAAAUACUACGUUGAUACCACGCAUAUCAAUGUCGCCCGGCCGAAUAUGGAAAUUCAGUCGUACAUGAAGGAUGGAAUGAUUGAGAACUGGGAUUUGUUCGAGAAAGUGCUUGACUAUGUGUACGCUAAGGUUGUGCAAUCGGAAUCGAUGUAUCAUCCGGUCCUAUUUUCAGAAUCGGCCUGGAACGUGCGUAACAAUCGUGAGCGGUUGACCGAGCUAAUGCUUGAGAAGUACAACGUUCCGGCAUUCUUUCUGGUAAAAAAUGCGGUUCUGGCCGCGUUUGCAAACGGUCGUGCUACCGCAUUGGUGGUGGACAGUGGAGCAACACAUACCUCGGCUGUUCCGGUUCAUGAAGGCUACGUUCUAAGCCAAGCGGUUGUAAAAUCACCCCUCGGUGGUGAUUACCUUUCGCUCCAGUGUCGCCACUAUCUCGAAAGUCAAAACAUUGACCUCACACCGACGUACGCGAUCGCUUCGAAAGACGUUAUAAAGGAGCGCGAUACGGCACGCUUCACGCCGAAGGAAUUACCCGAAAAGUUGACCGCUUCGUGGCAACAGUACAUGCUGAAGGGACUGCUGCAAGACUUCCAAAUGUCCAUUGUACAGGUACUGGAAACACCGUACGACGAGCGAACGGCCGCCCAAAUCCCUGCCGUACAUUACGAAUUCCCGAACGGUUACCAUCAGGACUUUGGUCCGGAACGGUUCAAGCUGGCGGAAAGUCUGUUCGACCAUAACAUGCUUGGAGCAGGUCAGCUGGCUUCCGCCAGCGUGGGCAUGUGUGAUGCGGACGUUCGCCUGUCACUGUACGGCUCGGUGGUGGUAACGGGUGGUAACUCUCUACUGCCCGGCUUUGCCGAACGACUUAACCGUGAUCUGCAGCACAGGGCACCCUCGAACACGCGGCUGAAGAUGAUCUCGGCGAAUGGAUCGGUUGAGCGAAGGUUCGGCGCAUGGAUCGGAGGAUCGAUUCUUGGUAGUAUCGGCACAUUCCAGCAGAUGUGGAUCUCAUCGCAGGAGUACGAGGAAUCGGGCAAAAGUCAGGUCGAACGAAAGUGUCCCUAGACGCAGUGUGUGUGUGUGUGUGUGUGCAUACUUUCUUUUA